AUGGCGCAACCAAGUUCCUCAUCAUCGUCAAUAACGGCGGGGGAAAAUCAUCCCAACCGAGAUGUGGAUGUGGAUUUGGAGGCUCAGAGUGUACAGGAAGAGGCUUCGCAUUGGGAGCUCGUUUUUGACCAGACCCAUAUAACCAAACAUAUUCUAGAGUGGGACUACAAAGGAUCAGGCACUGAGGCGGACCCCUACAUUGUGGAAUAUAUACCCAACGAUCGCAGAAAUCCCAUGAACUGGACGGACCUGACAAAAUGGACCAUCACGAUGCUAGUAGCAGUUUCAACCCUUGCCGUUGCCUUUGUCUCCUCUGCAUACUCUGGUGGCAUCGAUGAAAUCAUGUUAGAGUUCCAUGUCGGCUCAGAAGUCGCCACUCUCGGCCUCUCCCUCUUCGUCCUAGGCUUUGCAAUUGGACCCUUGAUCUGGGCGCCCAUGUCUGAGCUCUGGGGCCGCCAAUAUCUGUUCUUCGGCACCUACAUGAUGCUCACAGUCUUCAACGCCGGGGCCGCGGGUUCGAAAAACAUCCAAACACUCAUCAUCCUCAGAUUCUUCGCUGGAUCAUUCGGAUCAUCGCCGUUAACGAAUGCCGGAGGUGUGAUUGCGGAUAUGUUCCCUGCGAAACAGCGGGGAUUGGCAGCGGGUGUCUUCGCCUCUGCACCGUUCCUUGGCCCGACGCUGGGACCGAUCAUUGGGGGGUUCUUGGGCGAGACGAAAGGUUGGAGAUGGGUCGAGGGGCUGAUGGCUAUCUUCACUGGCGCUUUGUGGAUCAUUGGCGCUUUGACGAUACCCGAGACGUAUUCUCCUCUUAUCCUUCGCAGACGCGCCAAGCAGCUGAGCAAGCAGACGGGCAAGUUCUAUAAAAGUAAGAUGGAGCUUGAGGGUGGGACGAAGACUGCAGGUCAGGAAUUCAAGACGGCGCUUUCGAGGCCGUGGGUCUUGCUCUUCACAGAGCCGAUUGUUUUUUUGUUGAGUGUUUAUAUGGCCAUUAUAUACGGGACUCUGUAUAUGCUCUUUGGGGCUUUCCCGAUUGUUUAUCAAGAGGAACGUGGAUGGAGUCCGGGUAUUGGGGGUUUGAGUUUCCUAGGUGUAAUGGUAGGCAUGAUCCUAGCCGUCAUCUACUCCAUCUGGGACAACGGUCGCUACGCCCGGGUCGCGGAAAAACAUGGAGGCCACGCGGCUCCAGAAGCCCGACUCCCUCCCUCUAUGAUCGGCAGUAUCUUACUCCCCGUCGGCCUCUUCUGGUUCGCAUGGACUAACGGACCCUCGAUCCACUGGUCCGUCUCCAUUAUCGGUGCCGCGCCCUUUGGUUUCGGCAUGGUGCUGGUGUUCUUGAGCAUUAUGAACUACCUCAUUGAUGCGUAUGUGAUUUAUGCGGCCAGUGUGCUGGCUGCUAACAGUGUGCUGCGGAGUAUUUUCGGUGCCGUGUUUCCGCUUUUCACUACUUAUAUGUUCCAAAACCUGGGAAUCCACUGGGCGUCCUCCGUCCCUGCCUUCCUCGCACUCGCAUGUGUACCAUUCCCCUUCCUGUUCUACAAGUACGGAAAGGCCAUCCGGUUGAAGUGCAAGUACGCUGCUGAGGCAGCAGCGGUUUUGGACCGCAUAAGAGGGGCUCAGGAUAAUGGGGAUACGACGGACAAUGGGACGGACAAUGAGGGGAAGACAGAUGAUGAGAAGGAGAGGACGGAUGGCGAUGAUGAAGUGGACAGCGGGGUCCAGGGGGGUCGCCAGGAGGGUGUGAUUACGAAUAAACCGACUCAAUAA